CUUAUCCUUUUCCUGCUCUCCUCUCCUCUCCUCUCCUCUCCUCUCUCACUUUCUGCAUGCAUUCCAAUUUUAUUUUAUUUGUUCCACAAUUCCCAUGUUGAUUGUCAAAUGCACAGUGAAUUAUAUUUUCAUUGGGCCAAGAAGUUGUAAGAGUGAUAACAGAUGUAGAGUCAAGUGCUCUAAAGAUGAAUCUAUUCAGAAGUACAAACGUGAUAGUCUUUUCAUCGAUAAACGUGGCAAAUUGAGAAGCUUUAAUCACAAAAAGGUUUCUAGAAAAAGGGGUGGUUCUUUACGGGGUCAAGGAUGGAAAUAUGGAUCUGGGUUUGUCGAUGGUAUUUUCCCAGUCUUAAGCCCCAUUGCUCAGCAAAUUCUAAAUUUUGUGCAGAAGGAAGUAGAUUCUAAUAGAAUUUGGGAUUCUCUUGACACUCUUCCUCCCACUAACACCACAUGGGAUGAUAUUAUUAAUGUAGCUGUUCAACUUCGUUUGAAUAAACAAUGGGAUCCAAUCAUGCUGAUGUGUGAAUGGAUAUUGUACAGGAGCUCAUUCCAGCCUGAUGUCAUUUGCUACAAUUUGCUUAUAGAUGCUUAUGGGAAGAAGUUACUGUAUAAGAAGGCAGAAUCUACUUACUUAGAACUUCUUGAAGCUCGGUGCAUCCCUACUGAAGAUACUUAUGCACUUCUCCUAAGUGCGUACUGUAAAUCUGGAUUACUAGAGAAAGCUGAAGCUGUUUUUGCUGAGAUGAAGAAAAAUGGUCUUCCCCCAAGUACAGUUGUAUACAAUGCUUACAUUGAUGGGUUAAUGAAGGGAAGAAACUCUCAAAAAGCUGUAGAGAUCUUUGAAAGAAUGAAGAGAGAUCACUGUCAACUAUCUACGGACACUUUCACAAUGCUGAUCAACUUAUAUGGAAAGGCAAAUCAGUCCUACAUGGCCUUGAAGUUGUUUCAUGAAAUGAGAAGUAAAAAGUGUCAACCUAAUAUCUGCACAUACACUGCUCUGGUGAAUGCAUUUGCUAGAGAUGGACUUUGUGAAAAAGCAGAAGAAAUAUUUGAGCAGCUACAGGAAGCUGGAUAUGAGCCUGAUGUUUAUGCAUAUAAUGCCCUCAUGGAAGGUUACAGUCGUGCAGGUUUUCCCUAUGGGGCUGCAGAGAUAUUUUCACUUAUGCAGCAUAUGGGCUGUGAACCGGAUAGAGCUUCAUAUAAUAUCAUGGUGGAUGCAUAUGGUAGAGCUGGUCUUCAUGAGGAUGCACAAGCUGUGUUUGAAGAGAUGAAGCGGCUUGGGAUAACUCCAACAAUGAAAUCUCACAUGCUACUGCUAUCUGCAUUUUCAAAAGUUGGAAACGUGGCAAAGUGUGAAGAAAUCGUGAAUCAGAUGCACAAUUCUGGACUUGAACCAGAUACUUUUGUUCUUAACAGUAUGCUGAACCUGUAUGGUCGCAUGGGCCAGUUUGGAAAGAUGGAGGAAGUCUUAACUGCUAUGGAAAAUGGACCAUAUGAAGCCGAUAUCAGCACAUACAACAUCUUGAUCAAUACAUACGGAAAGGCAGGAUUUUUAGAUAAAAUGGAAGAGCUUUUCAGAUUGCUUCAUAUCAAGAACUUGAAGGCCGAUGUGGUGACUUGGACUUCUCGGCUUGGAGCCUACUCUAGGAAGAAACAAUACAAAAGAUGCUUAGAAAUAUUUGAAGAAAUGAUUGAUGAUGGCUGUUACCCAGAUGGAGGAACUGCCAAAGUACUUCUGUCAGCUUGUUCAAAUGAAGAUCAGAUCGAGCAAGUUACUACAGUAAUUAGAACAAUGCACAAGGAUAUGAAGACUGAGUUGCCGGUUUAAUUGAUGCCUGCCAUCUUUAUUCAAAGCAUUCUACCAUAAGUUAUGCCUCUGCUAGGAAAUUUUGUAAACCGUGCUUGUUAGUUGUUACAUACAUGGAACUAGGAAAAAUGUCCACGAGAAGAAUCUGCAGCUCAAAAUUAAUUUUGUUGCCACUUUUAGAAACCA